UUGAGUGCAGAAGGGUACGAGCACGCAGGAGAGGAAGUGUGUUGCUGGACCAGUACCAUCUUUGCGCUAAAUAAAUCAAAGGGAGGUUAAACAGCACAUCGGCCCAGAAACGGGGUGGUUGUACUCUUGUUUACAUCGACCAACCUGUGGCUAUAUUGAUUUUCAAAUAUCAAUAUCUGGUUUGGAAUUAACGACCCCGCAAAGGAUUUUGGCACCUUGGAUUUUUCACCACUUUCUUCAUCCCUGCUUCAUUAAGGAUUACAUAGACUCUUCUUGUUCUUGCACUCCUCCAGUGACUUUCAUGGGACACACAACAAAGUGAGAAUACUUUUGGAACGGAGACUGAAGCCAACCCGAUGAGAUAGGCAUUGACAUCGCAACUCUUGCAAGAAACCACAUCUGGACCAAGACUUCUAGACUUGGUCUUCCGUGAAUUCAUUUCAAUGACUGUUUGACGGACGCAGUCAAAUUUCGUGGCUUCUGGAAGUUGGAAUUUGAUGAAGAAAAGUAUCACAAUGGGACGCCACUCAAUCCUGGUGGCAGUUAUUCUUUGUAUGCUGACGUGCCAGGGACUCUGUUCUGGAGUAUUUGAACUGAAAUUACAAGAGUUUCUCAACAAGAAAGGAAUGACGGGGAAUACGAACUGCUGUAAAGCGGGAACCGGGAACAUGCAGCAGUGUGAAUGCAAAACUUUUUUCAGGAUCUGUUUGAAGCACUAUCAGACAAAUGUAUCGCCGGAGCCCCCCUGUACCUAUGGAGGGACAGUUACUCCAGUGCUGGGAUCUAACUCAUUCCAAGUGCCUGAGAUGACGUUCAAAGACUCAUUCACCAACCCCAUACGCUUCAAUUUCGGAUUCACUUGGCCGGGGACCUUCUCACUGAUUAUCGAAUCGCUUCACACGGAUUCCAUUGAUGAUCUUUCAACAGAUAACCCCGAGCGUCUCAUCAGCCGAAUGACAACACAGAGGCACCUCACAGUGGGGGAGGAGUGGUCUCAGGAUUUACAAGUGGCUGGAAGCACGGAGCUGAAGUACUCCUACCGAUUUUUAUGCGAUGAACAUUACUAUGGCGAAGGCUGCUCUGUCCUUUGUCGCCCCCGCGAUGACACGUUUGGACACUUCACCUGUGGCGAACGUGGAGAGAUCAUCUGCAAUUCUGGCUGGAAAGGCCAAUAUUGUACAGAACCAAUCUGUCUCCCUGGUUGCGAUGAUGAGCAUGGGUUUUGUGAGAAGCCAGACGAGUGCAAGUGCAGAGUAGGCUUCAGUGGGAAGUACUGUGAUGACUGCAUCCGCUACCCUGGCUGUCUCCAUGGCACCUGCCAACAGCCGUGGCAGUGUAACUGCCAGGAAGGCUGGGGUGGUCUCUUCUGCAAUCAAGAUCUGAACUACUGCACUCACCACAAGCCCUGCAUGAACGGAGCCACGUGCACCAACACCGGGCAGGGCAGCUACACGUGUACCUGCAAGCCGGGCUUCACGGGGGACAACUGCCAGAUCGAGGUCAACGAGUGCUCUGACAUGCCCUGCAGAAACGGAGGGAGCUGCACUGAUAUGGAGAAUACCUACUCGUGCGCCUGCCCUCCUGGAUACUAUGGCAGGAACUGCGAGCUGAGUGCCAUGGACUGCGCCGACGGCCCGUGUCUCAAUGAUGGCAUGUGCGUCACCAACCCAGAGGGUGGCUACUACUGCCAGUGCCCACUCGGCUACGCCGGCUUCAACUGUGAAAAGAAGAUCGACCACUGCAGCUCCAACCCUUGCUCAAAUGGAGCCAAGUGUUUGGACCUCGUGGACUCCUACCUCUGCCAGUGUGCGGACGGCUACGUGGGCGACCACUGCACAGACAACGUUGACGCGUGCGCCACCUUCCCGUGCCAGAACGGCGGCACCUGCCACGACGGACUCGACGACUACACCUGCGCGUGCCCGCCGGGCUACACCGGCAAAAACUGCACCGUCCCGGUGAACAGGUGCGCCCACAACCCCUGCCACAACGGAGCCACCUGCCACGAGAGGGACGGCCGCUACGUGUGCGCGUGCGUGCCCGGCUAUGGAGGACGCAACUGCCAGUUCCUCCUCCCGGACGUCGGCGGCGGCGGCGGGCAGCCUGUGGCCAACGCCCCUGUGUCACGCAAGGGGCUCGGCGAGGGGGAUCAGGGCGACUACUUUCCCUGGAUGGCGGUGUGUGCUGGAAUUGUAUUGGUGCUCUUGCUGCUGCUGGGCAGCGCCGUGCUGGUGGCGUUUGUGCGCGUCAAGCUCCAGCGGCGCAGCGAGCUGAUGGAAGGACACGGCGAGACGGAGACCAUGAACAACCUGACCAACAACUGUAGCCGCGGCGACAAGGACCUGUCAGUCUGUGUCAUGGGCCCCACGCAGGUCAAGAACACCAACAAGAAGGUGGACUACCACAGCGAACACGGCGCAGGCCUUGGGGGCAGCGGCGGCGGCGGCACGGAGAAAAAUGGCUACAAGUCGCGCUACCUAUCUGUGGAUUACAAUCUGGUGCACGAACUGAGGCAGGACGAGGCGUGUGGGAGGGAAGAGCUGCUGGAGAAAGGGGACCCGAAAUGUGAAUCUACUAAAGGAGACUCGAGUCUCAAGUGCGAGGCCGCAUGUGAGCCUCUAGACUGUGACUUCAAUGAGAAACACAGAAAUCACAUGAGUGACACAUCAGAAAAGAGCCACCUAGAACCUUUGUGCAAGGACACAAUGUACCAGUCAGUGUACGUUUUAUCAGACGGAAAAGAUGAAUGUAUUAUCGCAACUGAGGUGUAACACAUUGGAGUUGCUGCUCAGUCGCCUAACCUUAGUGGAGGUUUUACUCCGACGAAAUGCUGCUCAAACCAGGGGAAGUGUUUCCCUCACGUGAACUGCUGCUGUGGAAAACUGAAACGUUGAACAUGAUAACUCAGAAUGAGCUGGUUCUCAACUGAAGUAAAGCACAGUGACUGCAGAAGUAGGUCGUUGAGCCAUAAUGGCUCCUUGCUCCCCACUUUGUUUUUUUGGUCGUUUUUUUUGUUUUUGUUUUUCUUUCUAUUGUUGUUGCCCAGGAAACGUGCAUGGCCUGGAAAAGAGUUACCUCAUUGCACUAGAGAGGGCUUUGCGUUAAAAAAGAGGAACAUUUUUUGUAUUUAAGCUGAGUGGUGUGUGUGUACUGUUUGAUAGUUACAUCUGUUUGUGAUGGUGCUCCAGAAAAGAUACUGCCAUCAUGUUUUGCUAUAGUUGCUGAGGCUUCUAUUGUUUUUUCGUUAAUUAUUAUUUGAAGAGGUUGUACUUUUUAUUUAAUUGUUAUUUGUGUUUUAUAUGUUUGUAAAUGUGAUGUGGAAUUCAGUUUCAUAUAAUUUAAUUUUCUCCCUCGUCUUGCAAAAAUGUAUAGUGUAUAUAAGGCACUUCGGGUCAAUUUGACUGUUUUCCAUAAAUGUAUUUAAGAAACACUGUACAUAUGUAAUGGGAAUUGUUUUAUAAGUUUUGCUCAUGAAGGAAAUCA